CCUGAAUAACCAAACGCGUUUAAAAAUCACGGUUACGGACGUCACCGGUUGUUCUUCCCUUAGUUAUCGAGGUUCCAUUCAUAAGCUAAGAUUAGCGAAUUUUCUAUAACUCUUGAAAUUCAACUGUUGAAUUUCUGCUGGGUUGAAUUACUCUUUUCGCUCGUGUAUAUUAGGUGCAUUUAGGUUAACAUUAACUCAUUUAAUUGUCCGCUAGGGGGUGACGGGUAGUGGCUGUGGAUUGCCACGUGAUAAGUGGGUUUUCCCUAAAGGUGUAACUCACAGUUGUUAGUCUCAAUGUUGAAACUUUGAUUGUUACUCAGUUUGACCACUUGAAAGCAGUGAAAAAUUAACUUUGAUGCCAUCUAGUUCCACAACAUGGAAAAUUCCAAAUUAUUGAACAAUGUUUAGUGACUAAUGAUGAAGAUCUGACAAUCUUAUUUUAUAUUAUUUAUUUAUGGAUUGCAUUAAUGAAUAUUUCUAUUAUUUUUACCACGAGCAAAUAACUUGUGAAGCAUUAUCCGGACCAACAUUUUAGUGACAAUCUUAGGAGUCCUUUCGUACGACUAAUCAAACAACAGUUCAGUAAUUUUUUAUACUAUCAUUUUUAGUUUAUAGUACUUCAUAAAGCAUACUUUGUUUAUUGGUUGAGCCCUUCGCUGUCGACAAUAUAUUGCUUUCUUUGACGAAGGAAUUAAAAGCAAGUUGUUUUGUUCGGCUAACUGGAAGACAAAGUAAUGUGAAAAACUAUAUUUUGUUAAACAGAAUUUCAGUUUGACAAAAUUUGAUUGGGAGAUAAAAAACACUAUUGAAAAUAUAUCAAUACUCAAAAAUUUAGUUGACAAAUUGAGAAGAUUGUGAAAGAAAUGGCAUUCAUUUAUUGUUGCUAGUGUUCUUGUUGUUAUUGAUGAUAUAGUUUUGUUGUUUUGCUAUUGAUAAAUAAUUGUUUUUAAAUCAUAUUUUAUAUCAUAUGUAAUAUGAAUUUUACUAAAUUAUGAAAAAGAAAUUGAAUUUUUAUCAAAUAUUUACAACUAUGAAAUGACUAAAACAUUAUACAUUACUAAAAAGAGAUUAAAAUAUUCACAAAUCAAUUUUUAAAUAUUUAAUAGAAAUAAUCUUAUAGGUAAGAUAACAAUAAUAAAUUACCUGUUUAAAUAAAAAAUUACUUGUUAAACAGGAAGGAACAAUGCAAAUAUAACUUGCAACUCAUCCUUCCUUUAAAGAUUCCUAUAUCAGCACCUAUUACAGUAGAAACAGUUCAGUUGAAAUUUUUUUAUAAUAUAAGAAGCAUGAAAAGUUUUAUUUUUGUUCUUGUAUUUUUAUACACAUAUCAAAUAAAAUAUUGUUCUAGUAAAGAUGUAAGAUCAUCUUCAUUAAAGAUAGGUGCUUUUAAUGUUCAAAAUUUAGGUGCCAAAAAACUAAAUAAUGAAGAAAUUGCAGAAAUUAUUAGAAAUAUUAUACUUCGUUAUGAUGUCAUCCUAAUACAAGAAAUUGUAACCCGUAAUCAGAAUCUUAUAAAAGAAUUUCUCAAUUCAGUUAACAGUGUAGCACCAAAACGAAUAGUCUAUGAUAUGGUUUUGAGCAAACGUUUAGGAAGAAAUAAAGCUAAAGAGCAGUAUGCUUUCUUCUACAGGAGAGAUGCUGUUUCAGUAUUAGAUAAAAUGGUAUAUCCUGAUUUGGAAGAUAAAUUUAUGAGACCUCCUUAUAUAGUGCAUUUUCAAACUCCAACAGUUGAAAACAUGCCAUCUUUUAUUGCAAUUGGCAUUCACACACAACCAAGUAAUGCAGCAAAUGAAACAGAUUAUUUAACAGAUGUCUAUGAUUUUGCAAAGAAUAAGUAUAAAAUAAAAGAUGCAAUGAUUAUGGGAGAUAUGAAUGCAGGGUGUUCUUCAGUACGAGUGCGUGACUGGAAAAAUAUUCGACUAAGAACUAGAAGAGACUUUAUCUGGUUAAUAGGUCAAAAUGUUGAUACUACAACAAAUGCCAAUACUUGUCCUUAUGAUAGAAUUGUAAUUGCCGGCGAGAAAAUUGAAAGUGCAAUAAUACCUAAUUCAGCUGGAAUAUUCAAUUUUCAGAAUGCAUAUAAAUUAACUUUAGAGGAGGCCAGAGAUGUUUCAGAUCAUUGGCCAGUUGAAGUAAGAUUGAAAGGAAAAAGUAGAUUUACCUGAAAUUUUAAAACAUAUGACACACAUAUAUUUAUAACAUAAAAAUAUAUGUUAUUUUUGUAAUUAACAUUCACAAAAUACAUUUUAUAAAAAUGAAAUUUACUGUAAAUUAAGUAAUUAUGCAUUCAUAAAAAUCUAUAAUUCUACAUUUAGAAUCUAAAAAUAUAAUAUCCUAUAUUUGGCUUCGUGUCUAUAACUCUAUAGCAUUGAUGGAAUGUGCAACCUCAUUCAAAUUUAAAUUUUUUUUAGCAUAACCUGUUAAAUUUUAAUGGUUAAAUGAUUAAUCAUUAAACUUAUAAUCAUUUUUGAGUUUUAAUUUUUACAUUUAAGAAAAUAAUUUACUUCUGAAGCUAGUGACAGAUUUGUUGAUUUGAAGUGAGAAGGACCUUAAAUUCUCAGCAUCUCCCAAAAAUACUGACUUUUUUCUUAGAUAAAUAAAAACGAUAUACUGAUUUUAGUGAAAAAGUCAGUUUUGUUAUUUGCUUAAAUAUGUUUAAAUUAAGCUGGAUCUAUAUACAGUAGAGCAUCAAUUAUCCGAAUAUUGAUAAACCGAAAUGUUAAUUAACCGAAAGCUUUCCAGUCGGCAAAUUUAAAUUUUGGCUAGUGCUGUGGCACUGCAAUCUUUGGCUAUGUCUUGGGCUACUCCAAUAUUAUUUUUGUUGGUGCGCGUGUUUUAGCUAGCAGUACUGGCAUGACCAUGAGAGGGUACUUAAGAAUGUGCCAGGAUUUGAAUGAAUUUCAAUA